AUGUCUAGGCUAGCACCAAACUUAUUGCGCCCGAGGCCUGGUAUAUUGCCAAGCCCAAUCAUGGCUAGGUCUGACACUGGUCAUACUCAACGCGCUCGGGGCUUUGCAGUUGGCAUACUGCCAGGCCCAAUCGCGGUUGAGUCUGGUGGAUCUUUUGGUGAAAACCUUGCGGGGAGCAGUGCUGCGGUGAAAUUAUGGGUUGAUGAGAAGCCAGACUUCAAUACAGAUGUUGAAGGCCUCGCCAAGAUAAUGGUUCACACCAUUAACGCUAGGGCAACCCACACACUUCAUCGUAUUAACAAGCUGCUUCAACAUAGACAGGACACAAAUAUGAAACGAGCCUUGCAAUCUUGUGCCAGUCGCUACGAUGCCAUAAUAAAGGAGGAUAUUCCAGAAUCUCUACAAGCUUUGCGUUUGGGUAACUACAAAUUUGCAGAAGCAGGCACAAUGGACGCUGCUUUUGAGGCCAGGUUAUGUGAAAAAGAAUUCAGGAGAUGCAAAUCGCCCCUGGCUGACAUGAAUAGGGUUGUACAUGACGUCUCCAUCGUGGCUGCGUCCAUUGUUCAGACAAUCGUAUAA